AUGGUGGUGGAAGGUCAGGACCAGCGAUUUGCUCCCAAAAAGAGUGACCAGCAGCUGGAUUGUGCCUUGGAUUUGAUGAGGCGGCUGCCUCCCCAGCAGAUCGAGAAGAACCUCAGCGACCUCAUCGACUUGGUCCCGAGCCUCUGUGAAGAUCUCCUCUCCUCCGUGGAUCAGCCCCUGAAGAUUGCUCGGGAUAAGGUGGUGGGAAAAGACUAUCUAUUGUGUGACUACAACAGAGAUGGAGACUCCUACAGGUCGCCGUGGAGUAACAAGUACGACCCUCCCCUGGAAGACGGUGCCAUGCCAUCCGCCCGCCUGCGCAAGCUGGAGGUGGAAGCCAACAAUGCCUUUGACCAGUACAGAGACUUGUAUUUCGAAGGUGGAGUCUCCUCUGUCUACCUCUGGGAUCUGGAUCAUGGCUUCGCCGGUGUGAUCCUCAUUAAGAAAGCUGGAGAUGGAUCAAAGAAGAUUAAGGGAUGCUGGGACUCCAUCCACGUGGUGGAGGUUCAGGAGAAGUCCAACGGCCGCACUGCUCAUUACAAGCUGACCUCCACUGUGAUGCUGUGGCUGCAGACCAACAAAACUGGCUCUGGCACCAUGAACCUGGGCGGGAGCCUCACCAGACAG